AUGAAGCUUGGCCAGCUCUUGGCUCCCGUCCUGCUCGAAGCAUCUGCCAACACGGAAGUUCAGCGGCUCAUCGACGCGCCAAGCAGCGUCCCACUGCGGUGCCGCCUCCGGAAGGAGUGGGACUUCGACCGAUGCUGCCAUGCCUUUUGGCCGCAAACAUUGAAACAGAAGGCGCCCGGGCUGCGGGGCAUGAACCACAUGGCGCUUCCAGCCUCGCCAGACUCCCUGUGCUUCCGCCUGCAGACGCCAGAAGGGCUCUCCUAUGCCCAGAAGCACUGCUGUGAUGAUGGCAAGGGUGCGUGGGAUCACGGCCGUGUCCUGCAAGCGGCUGUCCGCCUGGCCGUCUGCCUUUUGCAGUGCAGCUGCCACGGGGAGGCCAGCUUCAACUGCGGCUGUGAGAAGUCCUACUUGCAGGAAGUGGAGCACAUAGCUGGCGAUCUGAAAGUGUCCACUCGGAAUCGGUUCUGGCACAUUGCCAAGCGCUGGGGCGCAGGAAACCGGUCAGCCCACUGGAGCAAUCGAAGCGAGCAUGCCGUGGCUGGUGCCAUGGCUCUGGAUUGCGUGGAGGAGAACCAGCGAGGUGGCCUCCGUAUUCUGGAGCACCUGCUCUUGAGCUUUGCCGGAGCAAGCGCCAUGCAGAGCACCAUGGCCCUCGACAUCCUCAAGUACGCCUUGGACCAGCAUCAGCUCAGCUCCAAGAAGCAAUCGAGGAGGCUCAAGCGAGUCGCGCGCCGGAAGCUUCAUCCUAGCCGUUUGGUCGCUCCACCAGACGGGGAGCCAGUGCACAUUGCCAUGAUCACGUCGAUUGGUGAACCAGUAAAUGGACGACGAUCCCUGGCGACAAUUCGGUCAGCUCUGUUCCAUGCGAAGGAGAAGCCUCUUCAUUUUCACUUCUUUGUGGACCAGGCAGGUCGCGAAGACACGGAGUCCGUGCUUCGUGACUGGCUGGAGCCCGAACUGCACAAGAAGAUUGCCCAGAUCACCUGGUGGGGCCCGACAGAGUUUGACCGCAUCUCGAAGGUGCUCCAUGCCAGAGUGCCUGAAAAGUGUCUGGAGGGCGUUGGCUCAUGGAAGGGCGAGUACGGUUCGCCGGGCUGGAUGAGGCUCUUUCCGCAGGAAAUUUUCAGCGAAGAGCCGGAACAUCUCAUCUGGACUGAUGCUGGGGACUUCCUGUUCUUUGCAGAUCCUGCCAAGUUGUUGGACGAGCACCUGCAGAAGGUGGGCCGCUCCCGCGCCGUGGCCACCUACCCCAGCGAGAGCGUCUUUCCUGUGCAGGUCUUCGCUCUAAAAAAGAUGCGCCAAGCGCAAUGGUCCUCUGUGGCGGAGGCUCUGGUACGCCGACUGUGGCCCCUCGAUCCAACCCACUUGUGCUACCGCGGUGAAGGCACGUCCAUGGAAGAGAUGUCCAAGCAGCAUGCGGAUCUUUUUGCUCCCAUUCUGGGACGGUGGGCCCACGAGCCUGUUCUGCCCAACUUUGUGUCCACGCUCGUGGACGUGACCAGAAAGGGAGGAUAUGUGCUGACACCGUCGGUCUGGGAUGACCGCGAACAUCCGGGCCUCGUCGAUCCCACGCAGGCGUUCAUCUUCUGCCCAAGCGUCGCGGAAUUGUUCACCCACUUCUUUGCGACUUGGCUCCAUCCGCCAACCUUUAGCCUUGAGAUUGCUCAGCUGUGGGUCCACAGCGCCAAGGCUGCUGCGGAGCAGGCUGCGAUGCUCCGGCUCUAUCCCUGUGGAGCUCCUGUCCUGGGGAUGCACCUCAUCAGGCUGGUGGGUCACGGGGUCUACACAACAUGUUGCCCAGGCGAGGCAUUUCCGGCCACCAGAGACACGGAAUCAACAAACUGUGUCACUGUCAAUGGGCCUUGGCAGAUAGCCGGAUAG